UAAAAAAAAAAACACACCAUGGCUUCUCUCCUUGGAGAUUCUGCUUCUGCAGAACAUGCAACAGGACUGUGUAAAGGUAUAGCCGACACGGAAGACGAAGACGAUCUUUUCGAGAUCGAUCUUGAUUCGGUCGACAGCAUUCCUCCACCACAGUACUACUGGGGCGACUAUUUCACUGCAACCGGAAAUGCACUGCUAGCCAACUGCCUACUGCCGGUAACGGAUAUCUCCCGUGCAGUUCCAAUGGUUUCCAAGUCAUUGUCAUGCUCACCGGAGGCGGCAGCCAAUGUUGUAAUGAUGCCAAAGCCAAUGCCCUUGGGCCAGCUUCUUGGUCUGCCAUUCUUGGAGGCUCUCGUGCUUCACCAAAAGGAAGUGAAACCCGGAUGUAAUUUGAUUAGGGCAAAUGAUGCCCAUUUGGAAGUUGGGUCUGAGCCAGCAAUAGAAGGAAGAUAUUACAUUGUUGAUACUGUUUAUGGAGGCUAAGCAUUAGCUUUUCAAAACUCAACGUUUUAUUUGCACGUUUGUCUUUUUCUCCCUCUCACAAGGGCCUCUAUAGGUUACACAAAUAGUCCAAUUAAUUUCUUUUUUGGA